AUGUUGGUGGGAAAUGAUUCCUUGCUGUGCAUCGCGAUCAGAAAGGUCUGGAAGCCAAUAGACGGCCACCAGCCUCGCGCUGCUUUGCAGACCACCGUCGGGAAUGUUCUGAGAGCGUCUGCCAUUCAGACGCGGUCCCACCCCUCCCGGUGCAAACCCCCGUCUCGCGGCGGCGCGGCAUUGGCGGGACUCCGCCGCCAGGGGGCGCCCGUGCCCCGCCGCGAGCGGGCUCGGCUCCGUCGGACCUUCCAGGCCCCGGCUUCCUUCUGGUCCAGCGUCGCCCGGAGGCUCCGGUUUGCUGGGGCUGGAGGCGCUGCGGCGAAUAUAGCUCCCCGAGCAGAGCGCGACGGGGGCGGUCUGCACACCCCAAAGCCGGACCAUCGGAGGGCAGGCGCAGCCCCGGGCCCCCAGAUGCUGCUGCUGCUGCUGCCGCUGGUGUGGGCAGGGUCCCUGCAGGAGAGUCCAGGGUUCAAGCUGCAGGGGUUUGUGACGGUGCAGGAGGGCCUGUGUGUCCACGUGCCCUGCACCUUCUCCCCGCCAGGGCUGAUGGGCUGGCAAGAGCCCCCUGUUUAUGACUCCUGGUUCCGGAAAAGCCAUAAUCCCAGAGGGGAUGUUCUCAUGGCCACGAGCAAGCCAGGCACGGGCCCAAAGAGGAAGAGCAAAUUUUCAUUUCAUCUCGCCGGAGACCCCAGGGACAGGGACUGCUCCCUGAACAUCACAGACGCCCACAGGGGACACAGAGGGAGCUACUAUUUUCUCCUGGGAAAAGGCUCCAUGAAACACGGUUACCAAAGCGACCUGCCCAACGUGACCGUCCAAGCGCUGACGCAGACCCCGGAUAUCCGCAUCAAGGAGCCCCUGGAGUCGGGCUGUCCCAGCCGCCUCUCGUGCUCUGCGCCCGGGGCCUGUGACGGGGUGACCCCCGUCACCCUCUCCUGGACGGGGGCUGCCCUCAGACCUCUGGGACUGGGCCCGGAGGCCUAUAACUCCUCGGAGAUCCUGCUUAUCCCCUGCCCGCAGGACCACAGCACGAACCUCAUCUGUCGCGUGACCUUCCCCAGGGCUGGUGUGAGCACCCAAAGCACCAUCAUGCUCAAAGUCUCCUACGCCCCACAGAAUCUGACCAUCGGCAUCUCCCGAGGAAAUUGCACAGAGCUGAAGUACCUGGGGGGACUCCUGGAAGGGGAAUCUCUGCUCCUGGUCUGUGUCGCAGACAGCAACCCUCCGGCCACACUGAGCUGGGCCCUGGAGAGCCGGGCUCUGAGCCCCUCCCAGCCCUGGAGGCCCGGGGUCCUGGAGCUGCCCCGAGUGGAGUCGGGGCAUGAAGGCAAAUUCACCUGCCGAGCUCAGCACCCUCGGGGCUCCCUGAGGGCCUCCCUGCAUCUCUCUGUGGUCUACCCGCCUCGGCUGCUCAGCCCCUCCUGCUCCUGGGAGGGCAAGGGGCUGCGCUGCACCUGCUCCUCCAGAGCGAGGCCAGCCCCCACCCUGCGCUGGCGGCUGGGGGAGGGGCUGCUGGAGGGGAACCACAGCAACGCCUCCGCCUCCGUGACCAUCACCUCCAGCUCCGCGGGGCCCUGGGCCAACAGCUCCUUGAACCUCACUGGGCCGCUGGGCUCCGACCUCAGACUCAGCUGCGAGGCCCGGAAUGCGCACGGGGCCCAGAGCGCCGCCGUCCUGGUGCUGCUGCCAGGGAGGCCUCCGCUUGGGGGAGGAUUUGUUCUGGGGGCCGUCAGGGGUGCUGGUGUCGCUGGCCUGCUCAGUCUCUGUCCUUGCCUCCUCUUCUUCAUAGUGAAGACCUGCAGGAAGCAGACACCAGACACAGCGCCUGGUGGCAAGGAAGCUGCCUGCACGUUGGGUCCCAUCUCCCGGGGUUCCUAGGGCGAUUACCUGUCAGGCACCCACCUAGACAGCCCGCCCCCAGCCGGGGCCGCUCCCACCUCGGAGGAGGAAGAUGAACUCCACUACACUUCUCUCAUUUUCCGUGGGCUGAAGCCCCGGCCGACCGCUCCGGACCUGGAGGCCACCAGCACCACCGAGUAUUCAGAGAUCAAGUCUGCAAGUGACGCCUCCCGCAGCUCCUGCAUCCUCGGGCUGGAGGCCUCGGGGACAACUCCUGAGUGACUAGUUUCCAUGGAAACGGAUUGCCAACCGGUGGAGGGGCGGCCACCUGUGUGGUGAUGGGCAGAUCUGGGCUUGGAUUUCAGCCCGUCACCAAGUAAUGACAAGCCUGAGUUGUAGCAAGUCACUUUACCUCUCGGUCCCCGCUCUGUAACGUGGACGCGACAAACCUAAGGCAGCGGCAAGAACCGUGAAGGGUCUUCCCUGCAGAGAGCACCUUCCCCGCGGUCACUGCCCGACCAGGUCAGGAGGAUCCCCACCAGGCUGCCGGCCCCGCC